UGAAAGAGUAACAUUACCACGUGACCAACCGGAAGCUAUCUUAGACUCAAAGAUGUCGUCCAGAGACCACGUAGAAAACACGCGAUUGUUUAUUCUGUCUGGAAAAGGUGUUAAGGAAGACACCUUGAGAGAAAAAUUUGAAGCGUAUGGGAAGAUUGUAGACUUGUGGAUCGUGAAGGAUAAGCGCACAAAUGAGGAUAAAGGUGUUGUGUACAUUACAUACUCCAAAUGCUCCGAAGCAGCGCUGGCCUUGGAGGAAAUGAAUGGCAAGAUACUGGAAGGCAAUCCCAGACCUCUCAAGGUGAUCAUGGCCAAUGACAAGCGAGACGGGUCGGUGCGUGACCCCAGGGAGGAAGAGAAGCUGACACGUCUGUUUGUCAUCAUCCCGAAAUCCUUCACAGAGGAUGAUCUCACAAAUGAGUUUUCGAAAUUCGGAGAAGUCCAGUCAGUGAACGUACUCAAGGACAAGGAAACGGGCGCCCAUAAGGGCUUCGGCUUUGUUCGCUUCAACCGGCCCUAUCAUGCAGCGUUAGCCAUGGAGAACUGUGACAGAUCAUUCAAGCCAAAAUUUGCUGAGCCAAAGAAGACCCAGGAAGCACCAGACAUGUAUGACCGUGAGUCCCUGAGUCGCCGGGGUGGGGGCGGUCGGUACGAGGGGCGUGAUGAACGAUAUGAGGGCCGUGGUGACAGGAGGGGUGGAGCACCGGGGUCAUAUCCAUUUGGGGACAGGGGCCGGGAUCAGGACUUUGAUCGGGAACGCGGAUUAAAGAGAAGUCGAGAUGACUUCUAUGACAGAGAUGCACGGGAGAGACGCAACAGCAACCACCGUGAGGACUACAUCGCAGACGAUGGCAGGUCACGUUACAGCGCCCCAGUGUCACUCAUCGAGCCAAUUGCGAUGCCUGCCAGUCACAGUGUACUGGAGCUCCUGAAAGCUGAGCCGCACACCAACUGUGAGAAGCUCAUUGUCAAUGCACCCAUGGGCCUGGCCCAGAACUACCUGUACAAGCUCUUUGAUCUGGUACCUGGCCUCGAGUACUGUGACCUCAAUGAGCAAACUGGUGUGGCGUAUGUGCGUUACAAGUUGCCCCAGUGUGCUGCCUAUGCCAAGUCCAAGCUAGACCAGUUUGAGUUUCCUGCUGGGAACCGACUCGCCGUGCAGUUUGCAGACGCCCCACAGAACCACAGGUCCCCCAGUGUCAUGGCCAGUGACAGCUAUUAUAGCGCCGCGCCUGGCAGCUACAGAGGGGGAGGGGCUCCUAUGGACCUGCUGGGAGAGAACUCUAGCAGCACUGCUAUGCAGGUCCAACAGGCUGCCAAGGUGCUGGAGCAGGCAGGUAUCAACCCAGACCUUUUGCUGCAGGCCCAGUCCAUACUGAACAACCCGAUGUCCCUCAACGCCAGCCACAGCCAGUCGGCCCAAUCCCCUGACGGCCUGGAGAGGGUCACGUACUGCAACAUAAAGCUGCCCAUCUGUAAGCCCAUGCUGCCUGAGACGACUCCCUGUGAGCAGAGACUGUUCAUCGUGUGUCAGCCGGCAUCUGUACCGGAGAGGAUUCUCAGGGAUAUCUUCAGUCGGUUUGGUGGUCUGAUCGAAGUCUACUUGCUAUCUGGCCGCAACUUCGGUUAUGCCAAAUACGCUAGCAAAGAAUCAGCAUUCUCAGCCAUCAACACGAUGCAUGGCGUGACAGUGGCUGGCCAGAGGUUGAAGGUCAUUGAGGCGGAACCACAGAGGAAGGAACUUGAGGCUGACAUGGUCAAGAGACUACGGACAGAGUCACCAUAGACUCAGGUGGACACAACUGAAGACAACUGACACUUAUGACAGCGUACUGGAAUGUGACAUUGAACUGAAACUGUUGUCAAACAAGUCGGAACACUUAGACGAAUGACAAUGUUGUACCUGAAUGAAUAACUGUUUACAUACGUUAUACCUAAAGGGGGACAACUGUGUACUUACGAUUUUGAAUGACACUUAGUGUGGACCUUUUUUUAGUUUAUGAUAUGUUCGCUUUUCUGCAAUUUUUUAUUUUUGCUUUGUUGUUUUGAACCCAGAAUAAUAAGAUUGUAUGAAAAAAAAGGUGGGAAAUCUGCAUCACACAGGUCAUUCAAAAUUUAAAUUCUAGAAAGACUUGAGACCCUGUUUUAAUAAUGAUGUUCUUAGCUGACUUGCACAGUAUUUGAGCUGUGUUCUGGUGAAAACUGUGUUAAAUGCAUGUGCAUUAAAUAUUGUCCCAUACUAACUAACACAGGAACCACAUGUGAAUGAAAAAUACCAUACAAUGGGAAAGUAUAGUCCCUGAUAAGCCUGUGUAGACUGCAGAGGGUAAUCUGGGACUUCACACACAUGCAUUAAGCCCUGUUUGUCAAGAGAGUGGCUCAUUCAUGUUCUCUUACUUUAAUGACAUUUGAUCCAUCACCAGUGCAGACCUAAUGAGAACAUGCAUUAACAUGACUUGGGACACGCCUCUAGGGCUGUGUAUUGCUCAGAGUAUACAAGUAUGUGACUCUAAAUGUUCUUCUGGCAGGCUCAAUAGUUUGCAUCAAUAAUAUUAUGAGUUUAAUAAAUGCUAAUUUGCUUUGCAUAGUUGAAAGUAAUUACUCAUAUAAUGGUGUUUUAUUUUGACUUUUUGUUGUCCAUAAUAGCAUGGAAGUUUUUGCUGGUUAAUAUGGUAGUUAUUUUAAUGUAUUGAAAAUACUCUUUUUCUCAUAAUAUCAGUUGUUUGUAUUUCAAAGAACUCAAUUUAUUUUCAAGAAAUUUAGUCUAACAAUGCCUUGUUAGAAUUAAAAAAAUAAACAUUGUAAAUAGUAUCAUUUUUAAGGUUCAUUAAAGGGUGUUAGUGUGUUAAUGAUAAAAAUUAAUUGUAACGUAUCGUAGAUCAUGUAAAUGUUGUUGUGAAAUAAAGCUUAUAAAAGAAA